UACACUCAAAUCUCUUCAAUUCUUCACUACACUAUUAGCUCAGCUUAACCUCUUUUCUUGUCUUUCAUUCCAAGUUUUCCACCGAAAUCUUCUUAAUCUUUGAUUUUUCUUUUUUCUACUGUGAUCUAAUCAUGGCAUUUUAGAUAAUUAGUAUAGAAUCUGGAGGGAUAUAAAAUAUGCACAUGCAGUUUGCAGUUGCAGUUACACUUCAGAUCCGAGGAAUACUGAGACAGAUACCUUCUUUUUAAGAAAGACUGAGGUUGUUGUAUCAUAUUCACUAGAUGUUAUAGAAUAAUUAUCAGACUGCUUUAGCUAGCUAGAGAUGGCCAAGAAAGGACCUUCUGAAUGCUCAGUAAUGUUGUUCAUGUUCUUGUUGUUUUUCUUGAAUUUUCACAUGCUACAUGCAGAGGACGAACUUGAGCUUCUUUUAUCCUUCAAAUCUUCCGUAAAUGAUCCAUUUCAAUAUCUUUUCAAUUGGAAUUCUUCAGCCACUGUUUGCAAGUGGCAAGGUAUCACUUGCAAUAACUCUUCUCGCAUCAAGUCCAUUGAUCUUCCUGGAAAAAACAUCUCUGGCAAACUUUCUUUGUCAAUCUUUCAGUUGCCAUAUGUCGAAAUUAUCAAUCUUUCAAGCAAUCAGCUUUCUUUUCAAAUUCCUGAUGCCAUUUUCUAUUCUUCUUCCUCCAUUUUGCAUCUCAAUCUUAGUAACAAUAAUUUCACUGGUCCAAUACCAGGGGGUUCAAUUUCCUGCUUGGAAACAUUAGAUCUAUCUAACAAUAUGCUUUCAGGGAAAAUUCCGCUAGAAAUUGGAUCCUUUUCGAGCUUAAAGUUUCUUGAUCUUGGCGGGAAUGUUUUGAUGGGUAAAAUUCCAAUCUCCCUAACCAAUAUCACAAGUUUGCAAUUCUUGACUCUGGCUUCAAAUCAAUUAGUUGGCCAGAUUCCUAGAGAAUUAGGCCAAAUGAGGAGCUUGAAGUGGAUUUACUUAGGCUACAACAAUCUUUCAGGCGAAAUUCCAAAUGAAAUAGGACGGUUAACUUCCUUGAAUCAUCUUGAUCUUGUCUACAACAAUCUCACUGGAUCAAUCCCAGUUUCUUUUGGCAAUCUCACUAAUCUUCAGUACCUCUUUCUUUACCAGAACAAGCUUACGGAUCCCAUUCCAAAUUCUGUUUUUAAUCUCAGGAAGUUGAUCUCGCUUGAUCUGAGUGAUAAUUUUCUCUCUGGCGAAAUCCCAGAACUAGUAUUACAGUUACAAAACUUGGAGAUUCUCCAUCUUUUCUCCAACAAGUUUACUGGAAAGAUUCCAGGGGCGUUGUGUUCCUUGCCUCGUCUUCAGGUACUUCAGCUUUGGUCUAACAAUUUCACUGGUGAGAUUCCGAGAGAUCUUGGAAAGCAAAACAACUUCACUGUGCUAGACCUUUCCACCAAUUCUCUCACUGGGGAAAUUCCUGAAGGCCUGUGCAGCUCAGGCAAUCUGUUUAAGCUCAUUCUUUUUUCAAAUUCACUUGAAGGUGAAAUACCAAAGGACUUGGGUGCUUGCAGAAGCUUGAAGCGAGUACGUCUCCAAGAAAAUAACUUAUCUGGUGAACUACCUCAAGACUUCACCAAACUCCCACUUGUAUAUUUCUUGGAUAUUUCAAGCAACAAUUUCUCGGGCAGGCUAGAGUCGAGAAAAUGGGAGAUGACUUCACUUCAAAUGCUGAAUUUGGCAAGAAACAAAUUCUCCGGAGGCUUGCCUGAUUCAUUUGGAAGUGACCAGAUUGAAAACUUGGACUUGUCUCAAAACAGAUUUUCAGGCACUAUUCCUCGCACCUUGAGGAAAUUAUCGGAGCUAAUGCAACUAAAACUCAGUGGAAACAAGCUCUCUGGUGAAAUACCAGAUGAGUUAUCUUCAUGCAAGAAGCUUGUAAGUCUAGACCUUAGUGACAAUCAGCUCAAUGGUCAAAUCCCUGAUAGUUUUUCAGAAAUGCCAGUUCUUAGUCAGCUUGAUUUAUCUCAGAAUCAAUUAUCUGGUGACAUACCAACAAAUUUAGGAGGAGUUGAAUCGCUUGUUCAAGUGAAUAUAUCUCACAAUCAUUUUCAUGGUAGCUUACCAUCUACAGGAGCUUUUCUUGCCAUAAAUGCAAGUGCAGUUGCUGGUAAUGAAUUACUUUGCGGUGGUGAUACUUCAAGUGGCUUGCCUCCAUGCAGAAGAGUCAUCAAGAAUCCUACUAGGUGGUUCUAUAUUGCUUGUAUUCUUGGUGCUUUUCUUGUUCUUUCUCUUGUUGCUUUUGGAUUUGUUUUCAUACGAGGACGAAAGAAUCUAGAGCUUAAAAGAGUGGAAAAUGAAGAUGGGAUAUGGGAAUUGCAAUUCUUCCAGUCCAAGGUAUCAAAAUCAGUAACAAUGGAGGAUAUUUUAUCGUCCAAGAGAGAAGAAAACAUCAUUUCUAGAGGCAAGAAAGGGCUUUCAUACAAGGGAAAGUCCAUCAUAAAUGGCGUGCACUUCAUGGUGAAGGAAAUAAAUGAUGUAAAUUCAAUUUCAUCAAACUUUUGGCCUGACACAGCUGAUUAUGGUAAGCUUCAGCAUCCAAACAUCGUAAAAUUAAUCGGAAUGUGUCGGUCGGAGCAGGGAGCAUAUUUAGUUUAUGAGUACAUAGAAGGCAAAAAUUUGAGCGAGAUUCUUCGCAACUUGAGUUGGGAAAGGCGGCGAAAAAUCGCCACUGGGAUAGCGAAAGCUCUCCGGUUCUUGCAUUGUCAUUGUUCGCCGAAUGUUUUGGUUGGGUACAUGUCGCCGGAGAAAAUUAUCAUUGACGGACAAGAUGAGCCUCACCUGAGAUUGAGCCUUCCCGAACCAUUUUGCACUGAUGUAAAGUGCUUCAUUUCAUCGGCCUACGUUGCCCCAGAAACUAGAGACUCAAAAGACAUCACUGAAAAGAGUGACAUGUAUGGAUUCGGUCUCAUUCUCAUCCAGCUAUUAACCGGAAAAAGCCCCGCCGAUCCUGAAUUCGGAGUCCAUGAAAGCAUCGUGGAGUGGGCCCGAUAUUGCUAUUCAGACUGUCAUCUAGACAUGUGGGUCGAUCCAGCGAUUAAAGGACACGUGUUAGUUAAUCAGAAUGAAAUAGUGGAAGCCAUGAAUCUAGCUCUUCAUUGCACAGCCACGGACCCUACAGCUCGGCCAUGUGCAAGUGAUGCAUUCAAAACCCUAGAGUCGGCUUUGAGGACAACGAGCUCUUGUGUCACAAAGCUAAAGUUUUCUUCACCGUUUUAGUGUUUGAUGAUUUUGUCUCUUUUUUCUUUCUUUUCUUUUUCAAUUUUUUGGGUAUCCUUCUUUUGUUAAUUGGAUUUUCUAGUAUAAGAUGUUAAAAAGAAAACGAUUGUUACUCAAAUGUUUUGUUUGACAAUGGUAUGUUUGACAUAAUACUGAGUGUAAAAAUGUAGAUACUAAAUUCGCAUUAUAUCAUAUGAGAUUAUAACUUAUUUCUGUAAA